AGUGUUCUCUUGCUGUCCUACAAUGGAAAUCCUGUAAUUUAACCUUCAAUACCCAUCUAUAUUCUUUUUUUAACAUGUGGAAAUAUGUAUCUCGUCGCAUCAGGGACACGUUAGAAAGGAACGUUGCCCAUUUCGACAGACGUAGUACUACAGGUUAUGGAAACUCAAAUGGUUGUUCGGAAGAUAAGGAUAAGCGAUCUCCUUCAUGCCGUUGGUAUUCGAGAUGCUGUGGCUCUUAUCAAAGUGAUAACAACACCAACAGUAAUAGGUGGAACUUCGAACAGCUAAACCGCAGUUGGAUAGGUGCCAUCACAUGGAGCAGUGCUCUAGUUGUUGGGUGGUAUGCCAGUCAACUGCUUCACUUAAAAUACAAGUGCCAUCUCAAGGAUCCCUCUAAGAAAUGUCCAUCAAUAAAUGGCAUAUUUUCUGCUUUGUAUCCAUAUGUGAAAUAUGUUAAGAAAAAUGAUGGAGUCUUAAAACCUAUUCCUAACAUUGAGAAUGUCUUAAGGGGCUUUACUCCUACAGUACAUUUUAUAACAAAUGAACAUGGUGGAGAGAAAAACCAUAAUUCUAGCAGUGGUGCUUGUAGUACCGAUUCAUCAGAAAAUGAUUUAGGAGAAGUUCUGAAUUCCAUUGAGAACAAAUUAGGGCUUGCUGCUCUUGAAAAUGGACACCACCAAGAUGGCUUGAACCUUCUCAAGUCCGCAGCAAAUCGUAACCAUGCACCAGCUCAGUACAAUUUAGGGUUGUGUUAUGAGAUGGGACUUGGAGUUGCUGCUGACGAAAAAAUGGCUAUGGAGCUGUACCGAUCAGCCGCUGCUCGGGAACACCCUGCAGCCCUUUACAAUUUGGGGAUCUACUAUGGUCAGGGCCGAGGAGGCCUCACGCGGGAUGUAGCCACUGCCACUCGUUUGCUUCGUCUAGCUGCUGUGCAGGGUCAGCAAGAGGCCAUUAGAGCUCUAAAAGAAUUAGAAGAAGACGUCGUUGAAGCAGAGCCGAGGAGCGAAGACGACCGAUCGGCGUAUGCCUAUCCUUCUGCGCCAUACCUACAUAAUGACAAUAAUAAUAUUGUGCCAGCCCACGCUACUCUUUUUGUUGAAAAUGCACAAAUGCUUCGUCCUCAAAUUUAUUAAUCUUUCUUUGUUUUUAGAAUUUGGAUCUGCUAUAAAACGUUCAGACGUAUUUUUGUGAUUUCAAUCAAUUAU